GCUGUCUGGGUCAUGUGACCGUCUUGGAGGUGGGCGGAGACAGGGGCCUGCCUGCUGCUACCAAUGGAGGGUGAGCGUCGCUGGGGAGUCUAGUGAUUAUACGGAGUUGCAGCCAUGAGUAAGAAGAAUCGGGUGUCCUAUGUGAAGCCUGCCGAGCCCUCCUUCCUGACAAAGUUUAAGAAAGAUGUUGGCUACAGAGAGGGUCCAACAGUGGAUACGAAGCGGCAGGAUCUUCCUUUUGUAGCAGAUGACGGUGAUGGCAGUGACAAGGAGGAUGAGCAACCACAAGUGGUGAUGCUUAAGAAAGGUGACCUUUCAGAAGAGGAGGUUAUGAAGAUUAAACAGCAAAUUAAGGGAAGUGCAAAAGAUGAUGAUGAUCCAGUUCCUGCUGAUGGAAAGAUCCUGUUCAAAAAGCCAGUUAAACGCCCUACGAAUAGCAAAUUUUCAGGUAUAAAUUCAACUUCUAGCAAGAGGAAGAAGCCGGAAGAAAGCCAGGAAUCAUCCAGCAAAUCCAGCCAGAAACAAGUUCGAAAUAGCAGUUUACUGUCUUUUGAUGAGGAAGAUGAAGAUUAGGCCUUUGACUUUUCAGGGUGAAUUUCUUUUUUUAAGUUUAUUUCCAAAACUCAUCAAUUAAAACUUGUAUUUGAUGUUUGUAAAAUAGUUUUUCAAAUGAGGUUUUGCUUUUAACCCUUGUUCAAAAGGGUUUCUGUUUUUAACUGGUACUUUUUUUAGUGCUGUUUGUGUGCAUGUUCAUUUUUGAUAUAACAAGACUAUUAAAAGCAAAAAAUAUGAUUUAUCUUUAA